AUGUUUGCUACUCUGCUGAUUCUCAUCUUGGGGUCGACUGACAUUUUGGCCACAGACUAUAUACUACUGGUCGAGGAUCCAGACAUCUACACGCCGUGCACGGAUGGUCCUCCUGGUUCUGUUGGUCUCAAUGAAGCCUUCGACGUAAGCGAAAUGCAGGUUGAAAUGGACGAAGAAGGGAUUCAUGUGUCCGGAAAUAUUACAACUAGAUGGAGUUUGCCGCCCACCUAUCGAAUUUCUGCUAGGAUGAGUGUGCUCCACUUUAACCGCGGCAACUGGGAGCCGACCGUAUUUAACACUCUGACGCCGGACUUCUGCGACGCAAUGUUCAAUCCGAAUCUGUUUUGGUAUAAAUACUGGUUCAAAAAUUUUGAAAACCGCGAGGAGAUCCAAGAGAAGUGCCUCGCUACGCAAGGUACCGUUUUGGUGUACAACCCCUUCGUUGUGGUUCCCCGACUAAAUAACGUGUUGGGACCCACUCUCAAAGGACGCUACAAAGUGGUUUUCCUGUUCGAAGCCUUCAACGAACAGGACGAACGGCAGCCUUCAUCCGUGUGCUUCGAGAUCACGGGCGAUGCUGAAAAAAUAAAGAAUUGAUAGUUUCGAAUUUUGGUUCCUAAUUGUCAUAAUUGGAAAUAAAAAUAGAAAAUGUUGCUUUC